AUCAGAUUUAAUGUAUCACUAGGCUUAGUUAAAAUUAAAGAUGAGGUCAAAGAGGUGUAGGGUGGGUAUCGCCAAGUGUACUUUACCUCGAUCAGAUUUUUCCCCAGUUAGUAAGCUCGAAUGGGUUGAUGGAAGGUUCGAACAGAUCAAAGAAAUAUCUAAAAACAUGUUUUAAUAUUUAAUUUUCACUAUAAAGUCAUUUUCUUUUUACUCCAGCGCAAGAACACCAUCCAUUGCACCUUUUCUUACCCUCCACAACUUCAAAUAGUCACUCUUUAUUAAGCUGAUGAGCCAUCAGACUUAAAAAUAGCCUUAAGCCCAUUACCCAUUUCUUUACUACCGGGUAGUAAAAAAGAAUAAUUCCACACCUCCUGAGUUUGACCUCACCAUGAACUUAGUCUUUACAAGGAAAAGGAAAUAGUAUGUGUCGGAAGUGAAGAAAAAAGUUUCAUGCGUUGAUUCGUUUGCAACAUGUUCGCAACUGAAUCAUUUAAUCGAAAUAAGGACAUUCGAAAUCCAGAGCCUUUUUCUAAUGGUACGAACUCUCAUGAAAAGCCCAGUAGAGCUAGAAUUGUAAAUCAUUCUCAGAGAAAGAACAGGUUGGGAAAGAAAAACCAAAUGCAGAAUAAAAAACAUAAUAAUGAGGUGGCAACAGCACAAAAUAAAGGAGUUCAUCCAAAAUUAGAUCAAGUCGACAAAGAAGAGCAUGGGCCACACACAGAAGAAACCACACCUGUCCAACAAAGGUCUAAGCUUCGCAACAGACAGACUAUAGCAAAGCCAGACAGUUUAAAAUAUGAGCAUGACUACAAUAGGGGGUUUCACACCAAAGUCAUGCAAAAUCUCUUCAUAGAAUCACCAAAGAAGAAAGGAAAGAAUGGCAAAAGGCCGACAUCUGAAGCUCGGAAAAGGAAAUCAUCUACUCUUGGGGAGGAGCAGGAAGGUGCCAAGAAGUCAAAGGCAGAAGGGGAGGGCGAAAUUAUGGACUUGUAUAAAUUUUCACUCAACCUCAUCAAUGGUGAGGUGGACACAUCCAAGGCUCAUUCAUCCAAAGACUCUAAAAAUAAAUAUGUGUUAUUUAUUGGUAACCUCCCCUAUGACAUCACCCGGGAACAGCUGGAAGAGCAUUUCAGAAAAACAGGUGGUAUUAAAAACAUUCGUAUUCCUAGAGAUAAGGUCACAGACAAAGGAAGAGGUUUUGCUUAUAUGGAGUUUGAUGGCCGCAUCAGUCAUGGGAUUGCACUGCGACUUCACCACACUACUCUGGCAGGUAGAAAAAUUAAUGUUGAAUUCACAUCAAUAGGUGGCGGCAAGUCAGAGGCCAGGAAGGCUAAAUUACAAAAGAAGAACUUGAAAAGGAAGAAAAUGAAAUAUCACUGAUUUAAAUUACUAGAUGGGAUAUGUUAGGUGACCAAGCAAGAGAUAUUUUUGACUUAACUUUGAAAUAGAACGCUGUGCAUGGUCAGAGGAAAAAUACAACUGUGGUCAUUUUUUGGUUGUUGUUUUGUAAUUUAAAAAAAAAUUUUGUUGUGAAGGAUUCCCAUAUUUGCUAUAAAUAGUUUGUAUAUAAAUACAAUUUCUUUGUUAUGUUUAUGUUACAACUACUUUCUCUGUCAGGAUGUUAAAUUAAGAUAAAUUUGUUGGGUGUGAGAUGGAUGGUUACAUUUUUUUUCCAUUUAAAAUUACAAUUUAUAUUUCUAGGCAUGUACAAUUAUUGUUCGUCUUAUCACUACCAGAAAACUGAUUUAACAAUGGGCUGAAAAGUCCACGUACAAUAUAUAUUGUAGUUAUUUUCAAACUAUGAAGUGAUAGGGAAUAAAACUGAACAUGAAAAAUUUUUAUAAACUGCACAUCUAAAUUUAUUUAUUCCAUAAUUGAAUAUGUUAAUGUGUAUUCAAAAUGAAUUUUGUACUAGUUUUAUAGUUAAAUUCAUCACUCUAUGAAUUAAUUAGUGAUAUUUUGUUAUUGUUUAACAUGACUAGACUCUAGCUGGAGGGCAUGACAUGGCCUAAAGUGUGCCAAUGUGCCAAAAAACUCAACAAAAAAAACUCAAACUCUAGCUGGUUAGCUAGUAUGUAGUUUUGUAAUUGUUUUUUUCUACUAAGUCGUUUCCAUUGGAUCAUUUGUUUUCUUCUUUGAGAAUUGUGCAUCUCCAUUAAAUCAGCCACUUUAGGAUUUCUGUGUUGGAAAGGGAAUAAAAACCAUUUGCCUCAGCAUUUAUCUGUUAAAUGUGAAAUGUUGUCUAAUCUCAUUUCAGAGGAGUGGUUCCCAGCAUUGGAUGUUCCAAAAAAAAAUAAAAAAAAAAAUAGCUAAAUGCUUGAAUAUUACUUGUCAGGUUUAUUUUGCCAGUGUUGUUGCCAAGUGGGAUGUUUAGCUUAUUGUCAUUCUUAGCAGUUACAGUCAUAAAUAUAGGAAAACCAACACUGUUGUAAAAUUUUACUUACAAAAUUAUUUUCUUAUUUAAUAUUUAUGAGUAAUUUUUUUUAUUCAUAACAGUUUAUGUCUUUUUGAUAAAAUGAGAAUGUAGCAGAACUAGUUGUGAUAAGCUUGGAUGUGUUGCUAACCUGUCUUGUGGUUUAGACAUGAGUGGUUCGGUUGUCAUUGUUAUAUCAAUGCUAAAUUAAACUUCUAUUUUAACUUUG